CGCUGUAACAUGGCGACGCUCCCGGCAUCUCUGCGUACCGAAACUGCGAAUGUAGUACCGAAAAAUGUCGAAGGCAUCCCCCGUAACGCCUGGAUGGUGAGACCAUGCGAGUGGUACAGCGAAGAGCUUUCGGACUGCAAAAGUAUUAGGGGGCGCUUCCACCAGUACUUCAUCGAUGGAACCACGCUAGACUGCAGUCAGUGGCGCAAAGACUUCGACAACUGCCUCAUCUGGAGGAAAAACAAGGACGUAGAUGCGCUUAAUGCCGUGGUGAAGAGCGAGGAGAAGAGGAAGCACGACCGCCUAAAAGCCAGUCGAGACAAUGACGUCUGGCAGCUGAGGUCUGAGCCUCCCAAGGACUGGAAUGCACCCGUGCCCGAAUGGAUGGCCAAGAAAUUCGAGCAGAGUUACAUUGCUGCAACCGCAAAAAAAGAACAAGAAGGGAAUAGUUCCUGCUGCAUCUCAUGACACCCGACACUGCUUACUAUUCCACUACAUCGUAGGUACAGUACAUAGAUAGGUUCAAUAAACAAAACUAGGCUUUCUCACUUUCCAUUUA